CAACGAGACAAGAUCCCGGAAAGAAACCCAUCGCAGGGUACAAGCUCACGGCAAUGUCUGGGACAGCCGGCGCGCAUCGUCACUUGGGGGCUUGGGUCUUGGAUGGACGCUUGGCGCUGGGCAGGUCUCCAUCUUGCGCGGCCUCUCCGUCAAACCGCAGCCAUCCAAAAGUGGGUUCCGAUGAACGAAGCCAAGAACUCACUCGCAGCCCCAGCCUCGACCAGCGACUCAAGACCCCGGUUGCUGGCGACCCGGUAGUUUCGUUUUAUGCCGUCAGCUAGAGGUCUGCUGCGUGAGCCGGAGCGUGAACGCGCUGGUCACCUACACCAGAAAUGUUCCUCCGUCCGCCCGCGAGCCUCGCUGUUGUGUAUCUGAAAGGGCCCAAUUGGUGGUGGAGGCGGCAUUCGGGGCUUCCUUUCGUCUCUCUCUCUCUCUCAGAGCCAGCCAGUAUUAUUCCUUCUUCUUGUCCACUCCGCUGGCCCCGGGGUCUCCAGCAAAGCUUAAUGCAACACGUCUUGGG